GUAUUCCACCGUACACGUUCAGGUGGACGCGCAUGCGUGAUUGUAGGUGGUGUCGCCGUUGGCGCGUAGCAUUGUGGGGUAGACAUGGCGGUAGCUCUGGUUAUGCGGAUGGUGUCUCCUCAGAUCUCCCCCUUGUCUUGCCUUGGGCAAGUACGGAGUCAUUAUGUGGACUGGAGAAUGUUACGUGAUGUUAGGAGAAGGAAGAUGGCCUAUGAAUACGCAGAUCAGAGAUUAUGUCUAAAUGCUCUUAGGAAAAACACUAUUUUACCGAAAGAACUCCAGGAAAUGGCAGAUAAAGAGAUUGCUGCCCUGCCUCGAGACAGCUGCCCUGUGAGGAUUCGCAAUCGGUGUGUGGUUACCUCCCGGCCACGAGCUGUGGUGCGGCGCUGGAGGCUCAGCCGAAUAGUUUUCCGCCACCUAGCUGACCAUGCUCAGCUCUCUGGGAUACAAAGAGCAAUGUGGUGAAACCUUGCCAAGGGUAUUCAUAACCAAGGGAAGGAAAAAAAACCCUGAGCUCUGUUUCAACUCUUUUAAGAUUUAUUGUACUGAAGGUUUUGAUAUGAGGGGUGGCACAAGGGGAAGAUGGGAAGAAAAGUGCUGUACAGAAGAUGAGCCUACUUGGAGUUUGUCAGGUCACUGGUUAACCUGCGGUUAGAUAUUUUAAAAAACCAUGAAAGUAUAUCCAGACUGAUCAAA